AUGGCCGGCGGAUCUGAGCCUCAUGCCUCUGCAUUUUCGGCAGCCGAGUUGGAGUUUCUUGCGGAGGAUGAGCUGAUCGAGAUUGUGCCGAAUAUGAGAAUGGAUCCGCUAAAUUUCAUCUCGGGUGAUUUUGGCCCCUUUCGGCCGCAAAUAGCAACUCAAGUGCCACUCUGGUUGGCCGUAGCCUUGAAGAAGAGAGGCAAGUGCACUAUUCGAGCCCCGGAAUGGAUGUCUGUUGAUAACUUAACACAAGUGCUGGAAGCAGAGCGUGAUUCUGAGAAGUUUCAGGUCUUGCCAUUUCAUUAUGUAGAAAUAUCAAGACUUCUUUUUGAUCAUGCUCGAGAAGACAUUCCUGACAUAUACAUGGUAAGGUCGCUCAUUGAAGACAUCAAGGACGUAAGAUUUCAUAAAAUUGGGACAGGCUUGGAGAUUAUCUCGAAGGAACGUACUUAUGCACUGAGGCUUAAAAAUUUAUCCGCAAUGGAAGCAAAUAUAGUGCGACCAUUUAUAACAAGAGCUCUUGAGACAUUUUAUAAGCUUAGUAGCUCUGAAAUGAUGCAAGAAUCAGACCAUGUGCCUAAUAGACAGCCCCAAGCAAUCAACCGUGGGCCAAGACGGCAACUGAAAGAUAGAUGA